AUGGAACCAAAUACGCAAACACGCCAAACCAGCAAUAUUAAUGAAAAAAACUACAGUAAAGUGGAUAAACAAUGGGAUAAUUCGUCUGACCUCGACUUUGACUCGCAACAACACAUUAUUCGUCGUAAACCAGCAGAAGUAUACGAAACUCCACUAUAUAGCAAUAACAAUACUUCUAUAAAUACAACAUCAAAUACGGAAUUUCCACUCUCAAAUCAACAACAAGAUCCUCAAGAAUCCACAUCUUCAUUUUCUUAUUCCUCUUCUUCCUCUCCCGACUGGGAUUUGGAGUCAAUCUGUUCAACUGCUUCCAGUCAUUCAACAAUAAAAGACGACAAUAACAAUGAAGAGUAUUAUUAUCAAAAUGAAGCAUUAAGCCAAAAUUCCUACACUACAAUCACAUCCGAUUCUACAACUACCACGCCCACACAAGCAUCAUCACAAUUCCAGUCUCAAAAAUCUCGAUACAUUUUCUUUGCGGGACAAAUAAUUGCUCCUGGAUUCACUCUUUUCUCGAGAGUCACCCAAAAAAGCGACAACAACGACACAGAUUCAAUUUCUCAAAAAAAGAAUUGUAAAAGUAUUUCGAAGCGAAAAAGUGUGUAUCCUGUUAGAUCACCCGACAAGGUGGAAGACGGGACGGGUGUAUAUGCUACUUGUUGUGUUUACGAAAUAUUUCAAAAUGAGCCAUUGAAGUUGUUGGAUCGUGUAAAGAAGCCCACGUUGUCGUUGUCGAUUGCCAAAAGAUUAAAAUCGAGAUCUGGAAUGAAGAAAAAGCGCGAUAUAAAUACUGUUAUGGAGAUCUUUGGGUUGAAUACUGAAAUUGCGAUCGAUGUACUUUCUGCGGAAACUUUUUAUUUGCCAGCCUUGGAGAGAAUGAGCACUUUUUUCGACAAGAAAGCUCGACUGUUUAAUAAAAAUAAUAAAACCCUUUUCGAUUCAAUGCCAAAGAAAUUGCUUCGAAGGCGGUUGAUAUAUUUGACUCACGAAGAGUUUAAGAAAAAUUCUACACAGAAGUAG